AUGUCUUCGGCAACAGGUAAACGUUAUGAUUGGAAAAUUCUGGCCCUGGGUCGUGGUGUUGGUACAGCAACCAAAGCUGAAGAAUACUUAAAGUCACUCGGUUAUAAAAAUAUUACCGUUUAUGGUAAUGUAGAAAAUAGCAAAGAUGGCGAUGAAAAGAUUAUCACUUUACUCCAACAGACUGAUUGGGAUGCUGUAUCCUUUGGUGGAGGCCUCACCGGCUAUGAUGAUCACUUCCCACGUGAAAUUACUACACUGCAUUGGUUUAAUCGUCUCGUUAAUUUGGUGCAUCAAUAUGUACCCAAAGCUAAAUUAAUCUUUGUACACUCACCGAAUAGUAUUGUUGAUGGCAUUCAUCGAGUUCUCGAUGAACAUCAUGAGUAA